AUGACAUCUAAACGUAUUCGCGAAGGUUUGCAAUCAAUUAUAUCUCGAAUUUCACCAUUUACUAUUAAUACCACGGCAGAUGAUAUAUCAGGAAUCUGUUGGAUACUUGAUCUUCCAUUGGAAAUUCUUCAAAUGAUUACUGAUUAUCUCAAUGUACGUGAUUUGACCUCAUUGAGUCGAAGUUGUCAAAUGUUUUAUAAACUUAUUAAUAAUGAUAAUUUUUGGAUUCAUCGUAUACAUCAUCAAUUUCCUCAUCCUAUUGCUAAUUUUUAUACUUUUGAUCUAUUUCAAAAAUCUGAAGAGAUUGAAAUAGUUCCACAAUCUCGUCCAUCAGGUUUCAUGCAUACCAGAGAAGAUUGUGACCUUGAUCGUUUUGCCGUAAACUCUGCUACAUAUUACAAUGAUGAAGUAAUCGAACAACGGCAUACAAAAAUGUACGUAUCAGAAGAUGAUUUUUUAACGUAUGUCGGAUAUUUUCAUUAUAAUAAACCAACAAAAAGAAUGAAUGUUCCAUUAAUGAAAUUAGUCUAUUUUUAUUUAAUUGAUCGAAAACAACAAGCAGCUGCUAAUAUGCAUGUUGUUCAUCUUAAUGGUCAAUAUCUUGUCGAUCGUACUACUCAAGAGAGUUUAACUGGUCAUGUUAUUCAAUUACAAAGUGUAUGUUGGCUUGAAAUAACUGGCAAUUUUGAACAUAAUCUAAUGCCUGGAAAAUAUGAAGUUAUUUGGCGUAUGAAAGGUCAUGCAGGAAAUAUUUCAAUGUAUGGAGUAACAGAAUUUCUUGUUGCUCCAUCAAAUGGGAAAAUGUUAAUUAAGAGAAUUACUGAAGAAGAGUUUCGUAGUUACACAUUAGAACAUGGCAAUCGUUGGUUUAUAAAAAGUCUUGGUCAAAUAAUGAUUUAUAAACCAUCAAAAGUUAUGGUAGGAAUACGCAAUUGGCGAGAAGGAAGUUGGAAAGCAGGUGUUACAUGGGAUUAUAUUGAAUUGAAAGUCAUACCGUAA